UGAUUAGUAGCAUUUGGCUUAUGAAGAAGAGUGACUAAAAAUAACGCAUGAGGAGAGUUUGUAGUCAGGUCCAAUUUCGUGUUCUAGCUGAGCUAGCUGUAAGUUUGGCCACUCCUAUAAAGCUGGAACGAUCGAAAAUCCAUGAUAAGUAUUUUCUGAAGACAUAAGCAGCAUGAAUGAGGAUAAAGAGGCAAAGCAUGGAGGACAUAAAAAUGGAAAGAAAGAAGGACUUUCUGGAAGUUCAUUUUUCACAUGGUUUAUGGUAAUUGCAUUGCUGGGUGUCUGGACUUCUGUAGCUGUUGUUUGGUUUGACCUUGUUGAUUAUGAAGAAGUUCUAGCCAAAGCAAAGGACUUCCGUUAUAACUUGUCAGAGGUACUUCAAGGGAAGCUGGGAAUCUAUGAUGCUGAUGAUGACGGUGAUUUUGAUGUUGAUGAUGCCAAAGUUUUACUAGGCUUGACCAAAGAUGGCAGUAAUGAAAAUAUUGAUUCUCUUGAGGAAGUCCUUAAUAUUUUAGCAGAGGAAAGCUCUGAUUGGUUUUAUGGCUUCCUCUCAUUUCUCUAUGAUGUAAUGACUCCUUUUGAAAUACUAGAAGAAGAAGAAAGCGAAACUGCAGGUGAUGUUGAUGGACUUAAGGAAAAAUCUGCCUCAGCAAAGUCAAUCUUACCUGGACAACCAGAGGACCACAUACAACCAGAAGAUCAGGCUACGAGAAAAUCAGAACACCAGAAUGUUGAAAAUGAAGUGGAAGAAGACAUUCAGUUUGUCCUUAAAGAAGCGCUGCAGACACAACAUGAAAAUGACAAGGAAGAAGAGGCAGUUGAAGCAGUAGAAGAACAGCAAAUAGAAAAUGAAGAAGAAGAUAUUCCUAUGAGAAAUGAGUUAGAAGAUAAACUUGAAGACUUGGUAACAGAAACACUUCAUGAAGAAACUGAAGAUAGAUAUUAUCAGACAGAAGGUCCUGAGUCAGAUUCAAAUGAAUAUAAUAAAGAUGUGGAAGAGAUUGUAUACAAACAGGAAAAUCCAGAUUACCAGGAGAUUAUAGAACCAGGAGUCAAAGAUACGAUACCGGAGUAUGAUACAGAAGACACACCAUACCAACACUAUGAUGAACAAGUCUAUGAGCCUCCAGAAAAUGAGAGAACCGAAGCUGUUUCAGACAUUGCUGUGGAAGAUUUAAAUGUGGGUGUAGAGGAAGGAAAUAUAUCCCCAGUAGAAGAACAGCAUGAAAUACCAUCAGAAACAAUUGUGAAAACAAAUGAUCCAGAACAAAAAGAAAAAGCUAAGAAAAAGAAACCUAAACUUUUAAAUAAGUUUGACAAGACUAUUAAAUCUGAACUUGAUGCUGCAGAGAAACUACGCAAAAAGGGAAAAAUUGAGGAUGCUAUGAAUGCCUUUGAAGAACUAGUGCACAAGUACCCACAGAGUCCACGAGCUCGAUAUGGGAAAGCUCAGUGUGAAGAUGAUUUGGCUGAGAAGAGGAGGAGCAAUGAAGUGCUGAAGAGAGCCAUUGAAACUUACCAGGAGGUAGCUGACCUGCCAAAUGUCCCUGCCGACCUGGUCAAACUCAGCCUGAAGCGGCAGUCAGACAGACAGCAAUUUUUAGGUCACAUGAGAGGCUCCCUGGUCACGCUUCAGAAAUUGGUUAACUUGUUUCCCAAUGAUACUUCUUUCAAGAAUGACCUUGGAGUGGGUUAUCUCUUGAUUGGUGACAAUGACAAUGCUAAGAAGGUUUAUGAAGAGGUUCUGAAUGUGACUCCUAAUGAUGGCUUUGCCAAAGUGCAUUAUGGUUUUAUCCUGAAGGCCCAGAACAAGAUUGCUGAGAGCAUCCCUUAUUUGAAGGAGGGACUGGAAUCUGGUGACCCUGGCACUGAUGAUGGGCGUUUUUAUUUCCACUUGGGUGAUGCUUUGCAGAGAGUUGGGAACAAAGAGGCAUAUAAAUGGUAUGAACUUGGGCACAAGAGAGGUCAUUUUGCAUCUGUUUGGCAGCGUUCACUUUACAAUGUAAAUGGACUUAAAGCCCAGCCUUGGUGGACUGCAAAAGAAACUGGUUAUACCGAGUUAGUGAAGACCUUAGAAAGAAACUGGAAAUUAAUUCGUGAUGAAGGCCUUGUGGUGCUAGAUAAAACCAAAGGUCUCUUCCUGCCUGAAGAUGAGAAUCUGAGAGAAAAGGGUGACUGGAGCCAGUUCACUCUAUGGCAGCAAGGAAGAAAAAAUGAAAAUGCUUGCAGAGGAGCUCCAAAAACCUGUGCUUUACUAGAAAAAUUUCCAGAAACGACAGGGUGCAGAAGAGGGCAGAUCAAAUAUUCUGUCAUGCACCCAGGCACUCAUGUCUGGCCUCACACAGGUCCUACAAACUGUAGGCUGAGGAUGCAUUUGGGCCUGGUGAUACCCAAGGAAGGCUGUAAGAUCCGUUGUGCCCAAGAGACCAGGAUUUGGGAAGAAGGGAAAGUGCUCAUCUUUGAUGACUCCUUUGAACAUGAGGUGUGGCAGGAUGCAGCCUCCCUGCGCCUAAUCUUCAUUGUGGAUGUGUGGCACCCGGAGCUGACCCCUCAGCAGAGGCGAAGUCUGCCUGCAAUUUAACGCACAUUGGAGUCUCAGAACACAAAUGAGGGAGGCUCUUAACAUCUGUUCUGUCUGUGUGGCUGUGUAGACAGAACCAUAAAUGUUGAAGCUCCUAAUGCUUCUGCUUGAAUUGCAGCCUCAAAAAUGCUAGCCUGCUUGGGUUUAGAAGAUGGUGAAGGAAUGGUUUGUCUACUCCAGCUCAUUUAGAAAUUGUCCUUCUCUGUUCCAUGCUGCUGUGAUGCCUACACUAAAGUGAAAAACGUGAAACCUUCUUACCAGCCAAAGAUUUUGCCCCUAGAAUAGGUUUGUCAGUGUGCAUUGAUAGGAAAUAUAGAUAAUGUGAAUGGAUGGUUGUCGUUUUGUAAUUUUUAAAUGUAAUGGUAUUUUUCUAUUAAGCCAGCCCUAGAACAUUUAUUUUUAUGAACCACUACGUUCUUUCUUUCCUUUUUUUUUUAUCACAAGUGUAUAAUGGCUUCACUUCCAGCUGUUUAGUAUUGUUAUCUUUGGGGUAUUCUUUAUCAAGAUGAGUUUUCCUUUGCUUUUGUAAUUCCUUUUAAUAUAAAGAAAUUGGUAUGAGAGAAAAUGAUAUUUUCCAACUAUGAUGGACAGGAAAAGGUAGAAAACAAUAGCUCUGUCUAAAAAAAAAACCAUGAAAAUAACCUCCCUUUUUAUCAGUUUAUUUUUUCUUUUACCUGGAGGCCUGGUUUCUGACUAGCACCCUCUUUGUGUUAAUAGUACAGACAAACUAAGUAGAUUGUUUGUUUCACUGAAGAAAAGUUUUGUUAUUGAAAAACCAUGUGUAGUAGUUUGAUACUGAUCCCUUUAAAGGCCACAUAUAGCUCUCAUAUAUGACAAGAAUUAGGCUUUGGGGUUUUUUUUGUUUUUCCAAGAAAAAUUUUUUCAUAGUAAAAUUUUCUUGUCUUCUAAGAUUAGGCAUAUGCUUGGUAGGGAAAUGAUCCAGGUCCUGUGGGUCUUGAUACCAUUAGCAGUCUGGGUCUAAGCCCUCUCUCAUCUUUACACAGUAUUAAUCUGUAUGGAGGAUGAGUGAAUGCUCCAUUGAUACUUCAGAGGAUUCCUGAUAUAUUUUUCACUGAUCAAUUUUUGGUAGUGUUAUUCAGGAUGACAUAAUGGAAAGGGUAAUUGCUGCAAAUGGGAAAAUGAUAGGAUCUUUGUUGCAUAGUGGGGUAUCAUAAGAAAUCUUUUCUUCUUUAAAUCAUUUGGAAACACUCUUCCUGACUUCUUGCCUUAGAACAGAAUUGCUACAUAAAAUGAAAAGGAAUGCCUUAAAAUAAGCAUCAGGCUUGCAUGAGUGAAUUUUUAAUAAUGCACAUUACAAAGAAACAACAUUUUAAAAGAAUGAUCUCCAUAGAGAGUCAAAUCACUAGGUAAAGUUUCAAUGAAAUAAAACAUUUUAAUUUUUUCUAAAACCAAGUAAGAGUGAAAUGCACCCUUUGAAAGGUGUGCAACAUAAUUUUUGUAUUAAGAAUGUGAUGAUGAUCAUGCACUGAAUAUCAUUUCAUGGGCCAAGAUGAACAAAAAUGUUUAGUAAAUGCCAUAUUCAUGGCAUUUUUUUAAAAAAUAAACUUGAGUGCCUGGAGUCCUGGUGGAAAGUUAGCUAGAAUACACAGCCUUUUCAUUCCAGGAACGAUCGAGGCAACUUCUGGCUUGUCUACUUUAUCUGUCUUCCAAUAUUGAAACUACUCGUAUUUCUUUUAACUCAAGAGCACAGGUUCUACUGGAGGGGCAUUGGGGAAUUUUUAUCCCUUUUCCUUGAAAGGAGCCUCAACUAGAAUGCACAGGUUGACAAUACUGUAUGGGGAACUUAUGUAGUGGUUCCUGUGUAGUUGCUUCCAUUUCUAAACCAGGUAUUUUGUGGCAGGUUUGUUUGUUUUUGUUUUUGUUUUUGUUUUGUUUUGUUUUUUUGGUGGAGGGGAGCUGGGGACAGCACAUUACGGGUGUGGAAUAGAAAAUCAAGAGAAACAGUACCUCCAAAAUAAUGAUCAAUAUCAAGGGGAAAAAACAGGAAGAAAAAGUCGUUUUUGUCCUUCAAUAUUUAUUUAACAAGGGGAAGUGACUCAACAGAGAAGGACAGUACAAUCCAAUGCUCGUGUAAUAGUAACUAACAUUCAUGUCAAUUCUUGUUGAAUUUGGUUCCUGUUUGUAAAUCUAUCGCAUACAUGUACAGAAAAUUCAAAUGAGAAAAUGUACAUGGGAACGUUCAUCUUACAUUCAUGUCAUGAGAUUUGGAGAAAAACAGAUUUACAAGCUAACUCAUGUUAACUUAGGUCACUAUGGUAGGUAGAGUGUUUUAAAUCAGGUCACUAAAUCAGGACACUGAGACUGCCAACUUAAUAGGCAGGUGUCUUUUUACUAUUUUAAAACAUAGCACUAACUGGCUUCAAUGACAUUUUAAAAACUUGGAUGCAACAAUUGUCACAUGUAUAAACCCAAGCAAUUAAAAUGGCUCCCUGAUUUGCUUUUA